GUUUGACGGAACCUGAGACUUGGAACUGUCCUGUUUUUUUUCCCUCGUUUCUUCGAACAUUACAUUUUGACAGCGCAACUCGCCAUAAACUCCAACCCACCUCCCCGACCCGCCCAGCUCCAGAAGCUGCCCCCCCUCCCUCCUAAUCUCGCCCUUCCACACGAUGCUGUCCCGGAGACUCGCCACGGCGGCGCGCCUGCUGCCACUCAGCCCGGCCCGCCAGCCGCUGCGCCGGGUGCCGCUCCCGGCGCUGUACCAGCAGCUGCGCGCCUACGCCGACCAGGUGGUCAAGGUGCCGCAGAUGGCCGAGUCCAUCUCGGAGGGCACGCUCAAACAGUUCCUGAAGCAGGUGGGCGACUACGUCGAGCUAGACGAGGAGAUCGCCACCAUCGAGACGGACAAGAUCGACGUGACCGUUCCCGCGCCCGCCGCGGGAACCAUCAAGGAGUUCCUGGCCGCCGAGGACGACACGGUCGUGGUCGGCCAGGACCUGCUCAGGUUAGACACGGACGGCGCCCCGCCCGAGGGCGGCGCCGGGAAGAAGGCCGAGGCGCCCAAGGAGACGGAGGAGAAGAAGCCAGAGACCGAGUCAAAACCGGAGCCGCCCAAGGAGGAGGCGGCGGCUCCCAAGAAGCAGGAGUCCGCACCUGCGCCGCCGCCCAAGAAGGAGGCCGCCAAGGAGUCGUCUGGCGCCCCGACGCUCGGGAGCCGUGAGGAGCGCAAGGUCAAGAUGAACCGCAUGCGCCUCCGCAUCGCCGAGCGCCUCAAGCAGUCGCAGAACACGGCGGCGUCGCUGACGACGUUCAACGAGGUGGACAUGUCGGCCAUCAUGGAGUUCCGCAAGCUCUACAAGGACGAGGUGCUCAAGAAGACGGGCGUCAAGCUCGGCUUCAUGAGCGCCUUCUCGCGCGCCGCCGUGCUGGCCAUGCGCGACCUGCCCGCCGUCAACGCCUCCAUCGAGGGCCCCAACGGCGGCGACACCAUCGUCUACCGCGACUACGUCGACAUUAGCGUCGCCGUCGCCACUGAGAAGGGCCUGGUGACGCCCGUGGUCCGCAACGUCGAGGCCAUGGACCUGGUCGGCAUUGAGAAGUCGAUUGCCGAUCUCGGAAAGAAGGCCCGUGACAGCAAGCUCACCAUCGAGGACAUGGCCGGCGGCACCUUCACCAUCAGCAACGGCGGCGUCUUCGGCUCGCUCAUGGGCACCCCCAUCAUCAACCUCCCCCAGAGCGCCGUGCUCGGCUUGCACGCCAUCAAGGAGCGCCCCGUCGCCGUCAACGGCAAGGUCGAGAUCCGCCCCAUGAUGUACCUGGCCCUCACUUACGACCACCGCCUCCUUGACGGCAGGGAGGCCGUCCAGUUCCUCGUCAAGAUCAAGGAGUACAUUGAAGAUCCCCGCAGGAUGCUUCUGUAAAUUCCAUGACUCGACCCCCCCUUUACCUCAGCCAGCCCGACGAAACAAAAAACCACAUACAUAGUGUACACUACUCGUAGAGCAUGCAUUGCGCCAUUAUCAUGCGGGCGAACUGGCCACUGGAUGGGCCGCAUUUUGCUGUUUUCAUAUGUAUUUUCUUGCUGCUUUUUGAAUUGACGUACGUCGGCGUUUUCCGCGCCGUAAAACAGUGGGUUUGGGAUUCUGUCUAGUCCUAUUUUCCUUGACUUCCCGUCUACAGAGGCCGAUUGCGGAGCUCGCGGGUAGGUAUGUUGGAUGAGCCUGCCAUGACGAGUUAAGAUGGGAAAGGAAUCGGUUUAUACAGAUGAGCUCGGUGCGUCCCCCGUUGCGCGUUCCUUCGUGUCCCCCGCCGCUAGCCACCGGACUGGGUGGUUCUGCUGAUGCAACCGGGGAGACUCAGGUCGCGUGUGGCUACUCCCAGAGUCGAUCGGCUGGUGAGUGUCAGCUCUGGAUCACUCAUAAACCCCCAGCUUUGUGGGGUGAGAUAGAUCUAACGGCCAUGACCGGCUCAUCAUGGGUCUCUGAAGUCGAUCAAGAGCUACACUUGAUAGCCAUCGCCUUCCGCAUUCUCUUCGUUGUCUUAAUCGUCUUCGUUGCCUUCCUCAUUCUCUUUAUCAUCUUGGUCGUUGUUGUUGCCAUCGUCAUUCGUCAUCAUCGUCGUUAUCAUCAUUGUCGUUAUUGCCGUUUUCGUUUUCGUUAUCGUCGCCGUCGUCGUCAUCCCCUCCCUCUUCCUCCUCCUCCUCCUCUUCCUCCUCCUCCUCCUCUU